AUGCAACCGAAAGGGAAUUCUCUAGAGGAUACCCUAAAAGCUUUUAUGGACGCGCAAAAUAAAACGAAUCAAAAGGUUGAUUCGAUGCUCACACAGCUGGUGGAAGAGAACAAGGAAAUCAAAAGUCAGAUCACAAAGCUGACAGAAGCUUUAACCGUUCAGGAGCGCGGUAGAUUUCCAUCACAAGCCCAGUCCAAUUUGAGAGGACAACACAUGGCUCAAACUUCCAACUCUGAAGGUCAAAAUAUCAAGGAAAUUAACCCCAUCUCUACUCGAAGUGCUAAGAAUUUAGACACACCAUCGACAAGUACAACCACUUUGAGUAAUGAAGAAUCGGCUCAGGAAAAAGAAGAUCCAACUAAAAUUCCGAUCAAUCUUCCCUUACUACACGUGAUCAAGCAAGUGCCGGCCUACGCCAAAGUUAUCAAGGAUCUGUGCACCAUAAAGAGAAAGCACCACGUCAAGAAGAUUGCAUUCUUGACGGAACAAGUGAGCGUGGUGAUUAAGCAGAAGACACCGCCGAAGUAUAAAGAUCCAGGUUGUCCUACCAUUUCUUGCCAGAUCGGGACACAUGAAUUCGGCCAAGCGUUACUAGACCUAGGAUCGUGUGUGAACCUCAUGCCUUAUUCGGUCUACUCGCAAUUGGGUCUUGGAGAGAUUAAGCCCACAUCUGUGGUUCUGCAACUGGCCGAUAGAUCCAUUAAGAGACCACGGGGAAUAGUAGAAGACGUUCUAUUACAAAUCGACAAGUUUUAUUACCCCGUGGACUUUAUUGUCUUGGAUACAUAA